AUGCCAAAACCAAAAGCUUCCAAGGGAAACCCUAUCCACAAUGCAAUCAGCGAGUGGUUGGAUUCAAUUACAACUGAAAACGCAGGGUCAGACUUGACAUGGAGAGCCGACCUCUUGGCCAGUGCACCGAAGCGAUUCACAGUCUAUGAACCCAUGGCUCUUCUGCCGACAGGAAGCUUCACAUCUCCAUCCUGGACAACGCUUUUACAAAAGCUUGGCAAAGAUGCAUAUCAACAACUUUGGUCCGGCAUUCUGAAGCAAAUUUCAAUGCAGGGAAAAGAUACACUGACUCAUCUUGCCGUAAAUGAGGGUAUUCCUUUGCACAAAGCGGGACAGGAGGCUGAUGAGAACAUACGAAGAAGCCCAAGUGGGCUGCGCACUCUCUAUGGAGAUUUCGGCCCUCAAGAUGCCCCAGCCGAGGGACCCUCUCAAAAUGAUUUCGACAAGACACUGUGGGCUUCGACUAAACAGAAUGGAAUAUUCCAAACUUGGGCGCCGAGGUGGACCAUGUUCAGUCGAGGCAAUGUCAAAGAGAAGGCAAGACUGCUAGAUAUGGGAGACAAAACACUCAAAGACACAUGGGCCGUUGAUCUCUAUGCCGGCAUUGGCUAUUUUGUCUUUUCGUAUGCUCGACUUGGGAUGAGGGUCCUAUGCUGGGAGAUUAACCCAUGGAGUGUUGAAGGAUUAAGGCGCGGCGCUGUAGCAAACCGAUGGAGCGUACGGAUUGUUCAAGGGGAAGAUCUCGCCUUACCAACUGAGAAGAUUGUCGGCGGAGGGGAGCAAAUAAUCGUGUUCCUCGAAAGCAACGAGAAAGCUCUGAGAAGGAUUCAGUCAUUGCAGGGUAGUGAUAUUGCGCGAGACGUGCGACACAUCAAUUGCGGUUUUCUUCCCACGAGCGAACCGACUUGGCGAGAUACGUGGGAUAUCUCCACUCCAGCUGGUGAAACAUGGCUUCAUCUCCACGAAAAUGUCGGUGCCAAUGACACAGAGACAAGGCGUGAAGAAAUCCAGCGCAAGUUCAAUGAUUGGCGCCAAGGAACGGACCGGGUGGCCAAUGUUGAACAUAUAGAGCAGGUCAAGACAUUUGCGCCAGGCGUCUGGCAUUGCGUCUUUGACAUUCAUGUUCAAAAAAUCUAG